UCCGGCACGAAAAACACAACACAAGACGCUUUUAUCGACUUUUAACAUUCUUUUUCAUCAUUUGACAUGACUUCCCAGUAUGCCAGCAAACUUUACUGAUUAGUGUUAUAAUUUUAAAACAGAGACACUUGGUUUUUAAAGUGAUUGUUAUUAGAAUCUAAAGUGAAAUGUAGCGCUGUCACGUUUUCUGGAGGAGAAAUUUUACAUCAAAUAAACUGAAACAAAUGGAUUCAAGAAAACUACUGCAAAGAAGAAAACCGGAAAUUCCCACAUUUAAAUCAGCAACAACUGACAGAAAACAACUAGAGGACAGUGCUAAAAAUAUUGAACUUAGCAAGGUGAUUCGCCUUCUUGAAGAUCCUUUGACAGGUAAUUUAAAGGAGAGACACCUCUUUGUAUUGAAGAAAAUACUGAAGAGAAACCCAAAUGGCUUUCUCUUGAAGGAUCUGAAAGGCUUGGCAAAAGUAUUUGACAUCUGCGCAGAGAAAUCAAAAGAGGAUCCAGUCUAUUUGCCAUUCUUGUGUGAAGCAAUUAAAUUAUGCAGGCUUUCCUUCCUGAAGGAGAGGGCAUCAGAUGAACCUAACUAUGCCCAAGAUGUCAUCCAUUUUUUGUCACAAAUUGGUUAUCUGAUGCGCGUGACUUGUCCAGAUGUCAAAGUGAACAUCAUUGAGUGUGUGAAGUCCUUCUAUCAGUGUGUGACUCCCCGGCAGCUCCCCGAUGGUACGCAGAGGAGACAUGGGAGCACAGCCAGGCCUUUCCACUUUGAGAAUCGAUUUUCUAAACUGACGCUACGACCCCAGCCCAUGUCUCCGGGGUUCAGGCUUCAGCUGCUGGACAAAACUGACUUGUCCCAAACACUGGUUUUGUCUUUGGCAUCUGUGGACCAUCGACCUGACAUCAAACUACAGCUGCUGCAGGUUCUGAAGCUCCUCUCUUGCUCCUCCGACUUGAACUGUGGGCAAAUACUGAAGGCCCGGGGAGCUGAGAGCAUCUGUCUGCACAUGAAUGAGUCGGAGUCUACCGGGCCAGUCCUGGUUCGCUCCAUCGAGAUCCUCUGGAACCUUCUGGAGAGUGGAAAUAAGCACAGAGCUGUGGCCCAACUCAGCACCAUCGAGUGUCUAGUAUCUCUGAAAGAGGCUUUUCUACACCAGCUGUUGACAGCGGUUCACCAUUCAGAGCUGAGCCUCAGAAACGACCUGCUCGUCCUCACAACACUAAUCGCUGAAAACAGCAACACUUUGCUCAUUGAGAGUCUCUUCGCUAAACUGCUCAUAUCAUUGUCCACAUACCCAGAAUUAAGACCCACCAAUCCUUUGUUCAUCAAUUUAAAGCUGAACUACUGUCAUGAAGACUUGAAAAUGAAAAAGAUGCUUCUAAAUCUAUUGUCCUUGAUGUCUGUUGAUACGACUGUUUUGCAGCUUUACAAAGAGGAAAACGUGCUCCUGUCUCUCCUGCUCCUCACUAAACCUCUGCCCGUCUCUCCCCGGAUUCACUCUGCAUCUCGAAGCUGGUCCUCAGUCCAGUCUCACGAGCUGUGUCUGAAGGCUCUGGAGACUCUGUGUUCUAUCGCCCCCUACCUGCUGGACGAGUACAUGUCCUAUCACGGCAACGCCUUUGUGCUGAGGCUCAUGGACUGGUGCACUCAUGAUGAUGAAGUCCCUGAUACGAUCCGAGGCUCUACUGGUCUCAUAGGAGACUGCAGAAAGACCCUGCUGCACUUUUGUAUCAGGCUCCUCACUGCAGUCACUUCACAGGGAGAGGAGACUGUCAACCAGGACCUGUGUGACCAGGGCUCCAUCGGUGACCUGCUGGGUGUGUUGAUGCAGAUGGAGGCAAGCUCUGAUGAGGACGACGCAGUUUCUUUGGAGAUAAAAUCCAACAUUCAGUUCAUCCUCUCUACUCUGUGUGAGAGCGACAUGCACAGGAAGGAGCUGUUUGGGUCUGAAGGAGUUGAAAUGGUCAUUCACUUCCUGAAGAAAGGCUGUGAUCUGUUUUACAGCGGUUUAGGGCACAACAAACUCCUCCUCUCCACUGUCGACUGUGUUUGGUCUUGCAUUGUUGGCUGCUACACAACUGAAGAUUUCUUUCUGGCCAAAGAGGGAGUCUGUUUACUGCUUGAUCUGCUAUGUUCGAGUCCCAAAUGUGUCCACAGCCUGAUUUUGUCCACCCUUCUGGAGUUAUGUGAAAACCCAAACACAGGGUCCCAUCUGAGGAGCUGGACAGAUCGAGCCGGACAAACAGCCCCAAGAGUUCUUCUGCAGAUGUGGAGGGACGAGGAGGCUGAGCUCGGGGUGCAAAGAAACCAGGAGGGGUGCAUCACAGAUCCCAAAAAGCCACUUUAUCAUAAGCAGCAGGAGGAAACACAAAGCCUGUGCCUCGAUGGAUCAUCCAGUGCUUCAAUUCUGGAGAUAGGGGAGAAUCUGAGGGCAAAAAUUUACCUGAUCUUCUGUGCAGUCGGAUUUCACGACCUUCCUGGGUUAUCAACUGAGGACUAUGUGACAUUGAGAAUUGUUAAGAGAUAUCUGGAUUUUAAGGUUGGAGAGGUGUGGGACGAGGUCAGUGCAGAGCUGACUCAUGUGGACAUCAGACCCAUAACUCCAGACAGAGAGAAUUUAGAAACUAUUUGUCAGAUAUCAGAGGACAAGGCCAAAAGAGUCAUGGAGGAGCAGAGCAGCCUUCUACAGAGACAAGAGAAGGAAAAUCUGACCCAGGAGCAGCUCAUGUACACCGAGAUCAAAUCUCACAGGAAACAACAAGAACUUGUCCAAAAAUCUUGGAACGAUUAUGUUUCCAAGACGUCCAACUAUGAGGUUCUCAAGGAGGUGAAAGCUCAGAGAGAGUUAUCCAGAGCUAAGGUGAAGACUGAAGAGGACGGAAUUCACCCUGUAAAGCACUUCAUAGGCCAGGUGGUGUCCAUGGAGACGACAGGAGCAGAGGGACCAGAGGGGGUCCAAGUCUCUUUAGCCCAAGUCGCUAUCAAGCCCAAAGGUCCAGACCCGGUCCAGACCAGCCCAAACCCAGACCCGGAGUACUUCAGACCUGUCUCUGUUAAACACUGAAUCGAAUACACACAUAAGAUUAGGACAAUAUGGGAUGGUGGACAUUUUGAUAGCACAUUUGAGGAGAAGAGACACUGUGGUUUUGAAUGGACAGAGAUCAGGACGUGGACACAAUCAAAGCCUUGUUGUCUGGAGACCACAGAACAAACUGAGGAGUCUUUAUAACUCAACACGUGCGAUGCAGCUAAAUAGAAAUGAACCGUCGACACAGAAUAACAUUAUAUUCUAUUAAAUUACACUGAACUGACUCUUAAACGGCACAUAAAGUCAUGUUAUAAUGUUGUUAACUCACUAAAAAAACAUACCCGGAGUUGAGUUUUGUUUCAUUCGCAUAUGUUUAAGUAAUCCUCAAAAUGCUCAGUUCCACCUUGUGAUGUCAUAAAGUGAUAGUUUUCAAGUUAGCAGCUCCUUUUCCCUUUCGUUCAGUAGAGAUUGACAAUUCAGGGCUGACAUUGUCCAUUUUCUGUUUUUAGAGAAGAACUAAGCUGAAAUAUAUAGAGUUUGUGUGUUCAAGUGUAUGAAUGAAACGACAAUAAACUCCAGGUUUUAAUGAGGAAACAACAUUAGAACAUACAUCAGGGGUCCCCAACCUGGCUGUGGGUCGUUUGGUACCGGGCCGCGAAAGUGCAAACCCCCCCUCCUAUACGCCAUGUGGACCGUACGACAGUCCCCCUUCCCUACACCGUGUCGACUGUCCCCCCUCCCUUACUUCCCCUUGGACCGUCCCCCCUCCCGUAGGCCGCGCGGACCGUCCCCCCCUCUUACGUGGACCGCCCCCUUUCCCGUAUGUCAUGCAGACCAUCCCCCCUCUCGUAUGCUGCCCGGGCUGCGCCACUAAACCAGAACGAAACCAGGUCUAAACCAGGACUAAACCAGGUCUAAAACAGGUCUAAAAACAGGUGUAAAACAGGUCUAAAACCAGGACUAAAACAGGACUAAAAUAGGAUUUAGCCAGGAUGGACGCCGGAUUGCUCACUGCGCCUCCUCCAAUAUGAAGUCCCCUCACCCCCCAGUCCAUCUGGUCCACGAAAUAUUGUCUGAUAUAAAACCAGUCUGUGGCGCGAAAAAAUUUGGGGACUACUGACAUAGAUCAUAAAAUAGCCUAUUAUGGCCCUUUAAGAUCUAUAUAAACAUGCACAUAGUAAUGAACACAUACUGUAUGCUAUUUGCUAAGACUGCCGUCCAUAGUUACCCAAGGGUUGUCAAUAUGCAAAAAGUUCCAUAAACCAGA